CGGUGAGACUGUUUUAGAUUGUAAGUCACUAGUCUGAAGUCACCACUGGAAUCCUUCAGUCAUCUGAAUAUUAAAGAGCUGAGCUAACGAACAAUUGGAUAUCAUGAUUUUGCAUUGUAUAGUGGUUUGUGCCCUGAAGGUGUUGGUUUGUCACUGCCUUGACAUUGAUCACCACGGAAACUUUUUUAUGUUGGCUUUUAUGGAGACGUAUAGUAACCAUAGCAAGAACCAAAUUAUAAUAACAACCCAACAUGAUGUUGAUAUUGAAAUAAAAAUACCCUUUCUUAACCAGACAUUACAGUAUCAUCUGCCGGCAGUUUCAUCACAACAUGUUAACCUGGACUACUCAACCAGCGUGACAUCAAAUCAAACAGCUGAAACGAAAGGCAUUUCUGUGUUGUCGUCAUCCCCGGUGUCCGUUUACGGGUUAUCUUUAGAAAAUGAGUCUUCAGAUGGAUAUCUUGCUAUUCCAGUUAAAGCUUUAUCCAACAAGUAUCUAGUGUUCUCUUAUUUUGAAAGAGACGGUGUUGUGGGACAGAUAGGAUUAAUAGGUAUAGAAAAUCAAACCACAGUAUUCGUCAGCUUUACAUCGGAGUCCAAAUGUAACUCGAUUGUAUAUGCUAAUAAACUAAUAGUGACUUACCGUAUAAACGAAUACCAAGUAUUACGGAUAACUUGUGAAACGGACAUAACGGGAAUAUUGGUCUAUUCUGAUAAACCCAUUGCUGUUUUAACUGGUCAUGUAUGUGUGCCUGUAUCAGGAAUCACUUGUGAUCAUGCAGUGGAAAUGGCUAUACCCACAAAUUCAUAUGGGACAAGUUAUGUUUUAAUGCCGACAAUGAGUUCUGGUAUCUUUCGUAUCAUCUACGACACCUCGUUGAUUACCCCUACUUUGAGUUUCUCGUCGGAACAAAUGAGUACAUUUACUGCAAGAGGCUUUACCGAUAUAAUGUUAUCUGACCCAGUUUGUCUCAACAGUACACAGCCGGUUAUGGUUAUUGAAGUGAUGCGUUCAGCUUCCGAUAAUUCCCCGAUUGUCGACCCGUUUAUAUCGACCGUACCUCCCACAGAUAUGUUCACAUCGUCUUAUACUUUAAAUGCUAGUGUGGUGUCUAAUGGCAAUCAGUUCCAAUCUUAUAUAUCCAUCAUAGCUUCAGUAAACAUCAUGCAAAGAUUAGACUUUGUUGUCGAUUACAUCUCCAUUGAAAACUGUAGUUUUGGUGCUGCCAGAUCUCCUGCCCAAUCAGGUUUGAUAAAUCUUAACUAUCCGAGUGAUUCGCCAUUUGGGAUGAUGGCGCACGGAGUGCUUAAUGGUGAGUUUUAUGGAUUUCCAGCAGGCAUGAAGUUUGAAGAUUUCACAGGUAUAGAUGAAUGUGAAUCUAAUACAACUUGUCUUAAUGAUGGUAUAUGCGUAGAGAUUGGAUCAUCAUAUAGAUGCUAUUGUAAACCUAGCUACACAGGCGAUAGAUGUGAAAUAGUUCUUUUUCCUAUUGAUACCACAACGCAGCCACCAAUUGUAACAACCCAAUCGGUGGAACCUGACACAUCCGGUAUUCCUGGUGAUAAUGUUUCUGUUCCUCAGCUAACGACGAAACGUGAAAUCGACUCGACAUCAGAUGCAAUCAUUUCUACUGGAAGAACCGUGCCCAUGGAAACCCCAUUCCCCCACGUCCAUACACCUCCAACAACGUCACUUCCCUUUAAUAUCCAUCCAACUUUACCACCCUUGGUGAACAUCUGCGCAUGCCUGUCUGUUUACGCAAACAAAGGCAUUGCCGAUAUCUUUCACGAAACCAAGAUGCUACAAAAGAAACUGGCAGUGAAAACUAACAUACUCUCAGCAACUGUUCGCAAGAAAAUAAGUGUUCCGGAUGAACGGCGGACGGCAUCAGGAAUUGGAUACAUUGGUGUAGUGGUGUUAGUUUUGGUGUUUGGUUCAAUAGUGGCUAGUGAUUUGUUUACGUACGCCAGAUCUAAAUACAAAGAAAAGCAAAUAGUGAUAUAAUCCACGAACAACAGGGUCUUAUUCCUGGACAGGCUAUAAUCUUGGGAGAGCUAAGUCACCGAUCCCGUUCUAGGGAUAACCUAAACAAUUAGUCGUCGAUCACGUUUUCCAACCGAAACGAGAUUUAGGAGGAAAAACCAUGUUACCUGAAUGUAUAUGUAUGGCACGAUUCUGUAAC